GUGGUGGAGAUGGCCAGUGCCGAGCGCCAUGUUGUAGGUCUGGACAUAUCAGGCAUUGCCAUUAAGAAAGCAAUGAAAUUGAAGUCUGGUUCAGCAAAGGCAGAGCACUGUACUUUCUUAAAGGGUGACUUCUUCACAUGGUGUCCGGCUCAGUUGUUCGAUCUCAUAUUUGAUUACAAGUUUUUUUGUGCCAUUGAACCCGAGCUAAGAUCGUCGUGGGCCAAGAAAAUGUCCCAGCUUCUCAAACCAGAUGGGGAGCUCAUAACACUAAUCAAUCUGAUCGAUGAUCGUGAGGGUGGUCCUCCGUUUAACGUAUCAGUUUCCGAUUAUGAAGAGGUGCUGCAUCCUGUUGGUUUCGAAGCAACGUGUGUUUCAGACAACGAGUUGGCUAUUCCUCGUCAAAAGGGACACGAGAAGCUAGGAAGAUGGAGAAGGAGAAGGGUUUCAUCAUAUUCUGCAGAAAAACACAGGGACAUGUUGACAAGUUGGGAUGCUUGUCUAUCUUGUUUCCUUUGUCUCGGCAAUGAAAAGGGAGGCAAAUAA